UGCCAUUCAUCCAUCUCUAUUGUGCGACCUGGCAACGCUGUGUGAACGAAAAAUACGGCAGCGUGCUCCAUUUCCACCCACGUUUUGUUAUAAUUAAAUAAGUAUUACGGUCUAAGACCGAUUUUCCACUGCACCCGCAGCGCAGCGAAAUCCAGGCGAUUGGAAGUUGAAAGUUGGAAAAAGGAAAGAACGGAUUUUCUUGCAACAGCGAGUGCGGCUGUGUGCGUGAGCAUUGGAAUUCGCCUCUGUGUGUGGAGUGCCUGUGUGUGUGACGGACCAAAAAAGCCGACAUCAGCGCCCAUUUUUUGUUGUUGAUUCAUUAAUACGAUACGCCCGUCAUGCGCCAGUAUUGGUGAGUUGGAGCAGCUCGCCCCAUCUCACUCUCACCCAGCGGCGGCAGUCGAAGAAACAGUUACCGCAGAAAGAGCGCAGGGAGCGGCAGAAGAAGAAUCAGCGGGAGCAGUCAACGUCAUAAAAUUUGUCACCGCACUUUUCACAAAAAUAACAGUUGGUAAACCGCCAUGAUCCUGCUGGAAAUCAAUAACCGUAUUAUAGAGGAGACGCUGCUGGUCAAAUACCGUAAUGCCCAAGCAGGACUGAAGCCUGAAUCGAUAGACAUAAGAAUAGCAGACUUUGAUGGUGUGCUUUAUCACAUUUCCAAUGUGAACGGCGAUAAAACGAAAGUUCGGAUCAGCAUUUCGCUUAAGUUCUACAAACAACUGCAAGAGCAUGGAGCCGACGAGUUGCUGAAGCGUGAAUAUGGCAGUCUGCUCACAGACACGGAAGAAGGCUACAAUGUUUCUGUACUUAUCAAUCUGGAGGAGAUUCCCGAUGACUGCGAGCAGAUUGCAAAGCGAAUCGGACUGCUGAAGCGAAACUGUUUCGCGUCCGUGUUCGAAAAGUAUUUUGACUACCAGGAGCAGGGUGAAGAAGGCCAAAAGCGAGCCGUAAUUAAUUACCGCAACGAUGAGACUUUGUAUGUGGAGGCCAAGCCCGAUCGUGUCACCGUCGUCUUUAGUACCAUUUUCCGGGACGAGGACGACGUCAUAAUCGGCAAGGUAUUCAUGCAGGAAUUGAGGGAAGGACGACGAGCCUCGCACACCGCGCCGCAAGUGCUCUUCUCGCACCGCGAACCGCCGCUGGAAUUGGCAAACACGGACGCCAGGGUGGGCGACAACAUCGGCUAUGUCACAUUUGUGCUCUUUCCUCGUCAUACCAACAAAGAAACAAGGGACAAUACCAUUAAUCUAAUUCACAUGUUUCGAGAUUAUUUGCACUACCACAUUAAGUGUUCAAAGGCCUACAUUCAUUCCCGCAUGCGUGCAAAAACUUCGGAUUUCCUCAAGGUGCUGAACCGUGCAAGACCAGAGCCGAAAAACACAGAAAAGAAAACUAUAACGGGGAGAACUUUCAAGCGCAUCGAAUGAUGUGUGCAGUAUAUUUAGUUGUUUUUAUAUAAAUAUAAAAAAUAAAUUGUGUACUAAAAUGCAAAA